UUAAGUCAGCAAUAUAUCGGAUGUGACGUGUUGGGCCCUGAACAUUGAAGCUGGUUGACCGGCGUUUGAGCCUGGGAUUUCUCUUUCAAUACAUAUAUUUAAAAAAUCAAAACGUCUUACGCAAUGAGAGGCGAAAGGGGCAGGGGCCGGGGCGGCCGGUUCGGCUCCCGUGGAGGACUGGUGCAAGGGUAUCGGCCGUUUGUCCCACACAUUCCAUUUGACUUCUAUGUGUGUGAGAUGGCCUUUCCCAGAGUGAAGCCGGCAGCGGAUGAGACUGCCUUCAGCGAGUGUCUACUGAAGAGAAACCAAGACCUCAGCCCCACACCUGCAGAACAGUCCUCCAUCUUAUCUCUGGUCACCAAGAUAAACAACGUUAUUGACAACCUCAUCGUCGCCCCCGGCAACUUUGAAGUGCAAAUCGAGGAGGUACGUCAGGUGGGCUCAUACAAGAAAGGCACCAUGACAACGGGACACAACGUCGCUGACCUGGUGGUCAUCCUCAAGAUCCUGCCCACAUUGGAGGCCGUCGCGGCGCUUGGCAACAAAGUGGUGGAGACCCUACGCACACAAGAUCCAGCUGAAGUUCUCUCUAUGCUGACCAAUGAGACGGGCUUCGAGAUCAGCUCUGCUGACGCCACCGUGAAAAUCCUCAUUACCACAGUCCCCCCCAACCUGCGCAAACUGGACCCUGAGCUACACUUGGACAUCAAGGUGCUGCAGAGCGCUCUGGCCGCCAUCCGCCAUGCCCGCUGGUUUGAGGAGAAUGCCUCCCAAUCUACGGUGAAAGUGUUGAUUCGCUUACUGAAAGACCUACGAGUGCGUUUCCCCGGCUUUGAGCCUCUCACCCCCUGGAUCCUGGAUCUACUGGGUCAUUCUGCAGUAAUGAACAACCCAUCAAGACAGCCCCUGUCACUUAAUGUGGCCUACAGACGGUGCCUACAGAUGUUGGCCGCUGGGCUUUUCCUGCCAGGUUCAGUGGGCAUCACUGACCCCUGUGAGAGUGGAAACUUCCGGGUCCACACAGUCAUGACCCUUGAGCAGCAGGACAUGGUGUGUUUUACUGCUCAGACGUUGGUGAGGGUACUUUCCCACGGGGGGUACAGGAAGAUCCUGGGCCUGGAGGGGGAUGCCAGCUACCUUGCUUCGGAAAUGUCCACAUGGGAUGGCGUGAUCGUCACUCCCUCUGAGAAGGCAUAUGAGAAACCGCCAGAGAGGAAGGAAGAAGAGGAUGAGACGCUAGAGGAGGGGGGAGAUGGAGAGGAUGAAAGCAUGGAGACACAGGAGUGAGGAGGACCUGGAUAGGGCUGCCAGAGAAUCCUGUCACAUCUUUUAAAGCUUUUUUUUUGGAACCUUUUUGGAGACCCUUUAUUGUGCUGUUUGUCCUUCAAUGAAGUUCACAUCCAAUAAUUAUGAAGAGACUGCAUCGACCUGGACCAAAGUAUGCCAAUUGGAUGACAAUUAUUUCAUUUAGACCGUUAGUGGUCUUCAAUGCCCUCAACAAAAAUGAAAGUCUAGGUCUUCUGUGGGAAGGGGUGGGUGUCACCAUACAUUUUUAUUCCAUGUCUUUGUGUGGUUUUUACUUUGUAACUCGAAUUAUUACUAAAUUAAACAAGUUUCUUUUUUUUUAUUUUAA